AUGGCAUCCUCUCCUUCUUCCCCUGAAGCCCUCACGGCCAUCUUCCUCCUCUCGACAUUACUCGUCUCCCGAUUACCUCCGGCGAGCUCCGCCGCCUGCACUUCCGAGACCUUCUCCGGCCGCCGGCAACCCUACGACUCGUGCCUCGACCUCCCCACCCUCGACUCCCGCCUCCACUGGUCCUACGACCCGGCCCAAUCCAUCCUCGACAUUGCCUUCACAACCCAAACCGCCGGGCCCAACGGGUGGGUCUCGUGGGCCAUAAACCCGACGGGCCGGGGCAUGGUGGGCUCGCAGGCCUUGGCCGCUUUCCAGGGCCCGGACGGGCAGAUGACCGUCAGGAAAUACAACGUGUCGUCAUACGGCCCGUUGGGGGAGGAGUCGACCCGGUUGUGGUACGACGUGAGGGAGGCAUCGGCUGAGUUUUCUGGCGGGCUCGUGAGGCUGUUCGCCACCCUGGCGCUGCCGGAGAAGGGGCUGGCGGCCGUGAACCACGUGUGGCAGACGGGCGGGUCGGUCACCGGUGGAGUGCCCGACAGGCACGCGUUCGGGCAGGGGAAUUUGAAUUCGAUGGGGCGGUUGGAUUUGCUGACUGCGCAGAGCACGGGCAAGGGCGGCUCCACGGCCGAGAAGAGGAAUGUUCACGGAGUAUUGAAUGUCGUAAGCUGGGGAAUAUUAUUUCCCAUCGGUAUCGUGUUCGUCACUGCGUAUGCCAUUGGGGUAGUUGGUUGGGCAACCGGUUUGAAGCUCGGUAGAGAAUCAGAAGGCGUUACGUACUCUUAUCAUCGGAAUAUUGGGAUCACGCUCUUCGUCCUAGCAACUACACAGGUAUUUGGAUCGGUGCUUAGACCUAAAAACGGUUUCGACAUAUUAAGGCCCGAAGCCAAGUGGCGAGAUGCUUAUCUUGUUGUGAGUGUUGUGCUGGCUUCGGUUGCUUCAUUGUUGGAAGUGAUCACGUGGAUCGCCACUCUAAGGAGGAAGAAAACAAUGCAUUAA